UUUGGUGUUUGAAGUAUCGGGAUAGUAUUGUUUUUAGCAGCAUAGUGAUGGGAAGUUUCUAUGCUGUUCUUUUUAUGGGUGGUUUUUAAAUUUUUAUUGAUCAAAUUUUAGUUAUGGAUUUGGGAAUCUAAUUGUGCUCUUUUGUGGGGGCGAAUGACUAUUUUAUGUUAUUGGGCACUUUUUCAUCGUUAUCAUCAAUAUCCUAGGAUUCUGCACCUGAGAUACUUUGACUUUUAAACUGUGUUUGGUUUCUUAUAACUUAAGUUGGAAUAUACUAAUGAAUUGGGGUUCGGUUUUAGUGAUUUAACUCUGAUUAUCAAACAACUACACGAUCAAGUCUAGAGUUUAUAGUCCCAGGAAGUAAAGAAGUCUACAUCAAUUCCCUUAUUUGCAAAUAAAGUUGUUAAAUUGUUCUGUCAACUUUUGCUCACGAACUAUGAACAAAUGAUAUUACUAAGGAAGGCCUACCCGAAAAGUAAAACUGUAUUUAAGUAUAAGAAAACGAUUGACGUUGAGAAUGAUUUAAUUUGAAGACUCAAUUUUGGUAACAAAAGUCCUAUCUAUGCAGCAUGUUGGAAGCACAAAGGAGACCACCGGAACCGGUGGGUGUUGCUCGUGUAAUGGUUACAUAAAUGGGGUAGUUUCAAUGAGAAGUCCUGCUACAAUAUCUGAAGUGGAUGAAUUCUGCCAUGCUCUUGGAGGGAAUAGUCCAAUUCAUAGUAUUUUAAUAGCAAACAAUGGAAUGGCAGCUGUCAAGUUUAUGCGUAGUAUUAGAACAUGGGCUUAUGAAACAUUUGGCAAUGAGAAGGCAAUCUUGUUGGUGGCCAUGGCAACUCCGGAAGACAUGAAAAUCAAUGCAGAGCAUAUUAGAAUUGCUGAUCAAUUUGUAGAAGUUCCUGGUGGGACAAACAAUAAUAACUAUGCCAAUGUGCAGCUGAUCUUAGAGAUGGCAGAAGGAACUCGUGUUGAUGCCGUUUGGCCUGGUUGGGGCCAUGCAUCUGAGAACCCUGAGCUGCCAGAUGCACUGAGUGCAAAAGGUAUCGUAUUUCUUGGGCCCCCAGCUACAUCUAUGGCUGCACUGGGUGAUAAAAUCGGCUCAUCUUUGAUUGCUCAAGCAGCAGAUGUCCCUACUCUUCCAUGGAGUGGCUCUCAUGUGAAAAUUCCUCCAGAAAGUUGUUUGAUUGCCAUCCCAGAUGAGGUAUACAGAGAAGCAUGUGUAUAUACAACAGAGGAAGCGAUUGCAAGUUGUCAAGUUGUUGGUUACCCUGCAAUGAUCAAGGCAUCAUGGGGUGGUGGUGGUAAAGGCAUAAGAAAGGUUCAUAAUGAUGAUGAAGUCAGGGCAUUGUUCAAGCAAGUUCAAGGUGAAGUUCCAGGAUCACCCAUAUUUAUAAUGAAGGUUGCUUCCCAGAGUCGACAUUUGGAAGUCCAGUUACUCUGUGAUCAGCAUGGGAAUGUAGCUGCUUUGCACAGCCGUGAUUGCAGUGUUCAGAGGCGGCACCAAAAGAUAAUUGAGGAGGGUCCAAUUACUGUUGCGCCUCUGGAGACAGUCAAAAAGCUAGAACAAGCAGCUCGAAGGUUAGCGAAAAGUGUGAAUUAUGUUGGAGCAGCUACUGUUGAGUAUUUGUACAGUAUGGAAACUGGAGAAUACUACUUUUUAGAACUCAAUCCUCGGUUACAGGUGGAGCACCCAGUGACUGAGUGGAUUGCUGAAGUAAAUUUGCCAGCUGCCCAGGUAGCUGUUGGGAUGGGAAUUCCUCUCUGGCAAAUUCCUGAGAUAAGGCGAUUUUAUGGAGUGGAAAAUGGUGGAGGAUAUGAUGCUUGGAGGAAAACUUCAGUGGUUGCUACUCCUUUUGAUUUUGACAAGGCUGAGUCUACUAGGCCAAAAGGCCAUUGUGUGGCUGUGCGUGUGACAAGUGAGGAUCCAGAUGAUGGUUUUAAGCCUACAAGUGGAAAAGUACAGGAGCUAAGUUUUAAAAGCAAGCCAAAUGUGUGGGCUUAUUUCUCUGUUAAGUCUGGUGGAGGCAUUCAUGAAUUCUCAGAUUCUCAAUUUGGACAUGUUUUUGCUUUUGGGGAAUCCAGAGCUUUGGCUAUAGCAAAUAUGGUCCUUGGGCUGAAAGAAAUUCAAAUUCGAGGAGAAAUUCGGACUAAUGUUGACUACUCAAUUGAUCUUUUACACGCUUCUGACUAUAGGGACAACAAAAUCCACACAGGUUGGUUGGACAGUAGAAUUGCAAUGCGGGUUAGAGCAGAAAGGCCCCCUUGGUACCUCUCUGUUGUUGGAGGGGCUUUAUACAAAGCAUCUGCUAGCAGUGCAGCUAUGGUUUCAGAUUAUGUUGGUUACCUUGAAAAGGGGCAAAUCCCUCCUAAGCACAUAUCACUUGUUAACUCUCAAGUUUCAUUGAACAUUGAAGGAAGCAAAUACGUGAUAAACAUGGUUAGAGGGGGGCCAGGAAGCUAUAGAUUGAGAAUGAAUGAAUCAGAGAUUGAAGCAGAGAUACAUACUUUACGUGAUGGAGGUUUAUUGAUGCAGUUGGAUGGAAACAGUCAUGUGAUAUAUGCAGAAGAAGAAGCAGCUGGAACUCGUCUUCUUAUUGAUGGAAGGACUUGCUUGCUGCAGAAUGAUCACGAUCCUUCAAAGUUAGUGGCAGAAACGCCAUGCAAGCUGCUGAGGUUUUUGGUUUUGGAUGGUAGUCAUAUUGAAGCUGAUACUCCAUAUGCGGAGGUUGAAGUUAUGAAGAUGUGCAUGCCUCUCCUUUCACCUGCUUCUGGAGUUCUUCAGUUUAAAAUGUCUGAAGGUCAAGCAAUGCAGGCUGGUGAGCUUAUAGCACGGCUUGACCUUGAUGAUCCUUCGGCUGUACGAAAGGCUGAACUUUUUCAUGGGAGCUUCCCAAUACUGGGGCCACCAACUGCUAUUUCUGGUAAAGUUCAUCAGAGAUGUGCUGCAAGUCUGAAUGCAGCUUGCAUGAUUCUUGCUGGCUAUGAACACAAUAUUGAUGAAGUAGUACAAAACUUGCUAAACUGUCUAGACAGUCCUGAACUACCUUUCCUUCAGUGGCAAGAGUGCUUGUCUGUUCUGGCAACUCGCCUUCCCAAAGAUCUUAGAAAUGAGUUGGAAUCAAAAUACAGGGGGUUUGAAGGGAUUUCGAGCUCCCAGAAUGUUGACUUCCCUGCCAAAUUGUUAAGGGGUGUUCUUGAGGCCCAUCUAUCCUCCUGUCCUGAAAAAGAAAAAGGUGCACAAGAAAGGCUUGUUGAACCUUUGAUGAGUCUUGUAAAGUCUUAUGAGGGAGGACGGGAGAGUCAUGCCCGUGUCAUUGUUCAGUCACUUUUUGACGAGUAUUUAUCUGUUGAAGAAUUGUUCAGUGAUAACAUCCAGGCUGAUGUGAUUGAACGUCUUAGACUCCAAUACAAGAAAGAUCUGUUGAAGGUUGUUGACAUUGUCCUUUCUCAUCAGGGUGUGAGGAGUAAAAAUAAGCUGAUAUUGCGGCUUAUGGAACAAUUGGUUUAUCCUAACCCUGCUGCAUAUAGGGAUAAACUGAUCCGCUUCUCUCAACUUAACCAUACAAGUUAUUCUGAGUUGGCACUGAAGGCAAGUCAACUGCUAGAACAAACCAAACUAAGUGAACUUCGUUCCAUCAUUGCUAGAAGCCUCUCUGAAUUGGAGAUGUUUACUGAGGAUGGUGAAAAUAUGGAUACUCCUAAGAGGAAAAGUGCCAUUAAUGAACGAAUGGAGGAUCUAGUGAGCGCUCCUUUGGCUGUUGAGGAUGCUCUUGUGGGGCUGUUUGAUCACAGUGAUCACACUCUUCAGAGGCGGGUGGUGGAAACCUAUGUUCGAAGGCUAUACCAGCCAUAUCUUGUAAAGGAGAGUGUCAGGAUGCAGUGGCAUAGAUCUGGUCUGAUUGCUUCAUGGGAGUUCUUGGAAGAACAUAUUGGAAGAAAGAAUGGCUAUGAAGAUCAAAUGUCUGAUGAACCAGUAAUGGAGAAACACUGUGACAGGAAAUGGGGAGCCAUGGUUAUUAUCAAAUCUCUACAGUUUUUACCUGCAAUUAUUAGUGCUGCACUAAGAGAAACGACCCACAAUCUUCAUGAAGCCAUUCCAAAUAGAUCUACAGAACUAGCUAACUUUGGUAAUAUGAUGCAUAUUGCUUUGGUGGGCAUCAACAACCAGAUGAGUCUACUUCAGGAUAGUGGUGAUGAGGAUCAGGCUCAAGAGAGAAUUAAAAAGUUAGCAAAAAUUCUUAAAGAACAAGAAGUAGGCUCCAGUUUGCGCACCGCAGGUGUUGAAGUUAUUAGCUGCAUCAUACAAAGGGAUGAAGGAAGGGCCCCUAUGAGACACUCCUUUCACUGGUCAGAAGAAAAGCUCUACUAUGAGGAAGAACCUCUAUUGCGACAUCUAGAACCUCCACUGUCCAUCUAUCUAGAAUUGGAUAAACUUAAAAGUUAUGGGAACAUACAGUACACUCCAUCACGGGACAGACAGUGGCACUUGUACACUGUUGUAGACAAGCCAGUGUCAAUCCAGAGGAUGUUUCUUAGAACCCUUGUGAGGCAACCUACAACAAAUGAAGUGUUCACCGCAUGUCAAGGACUGGGCAUGGAAGCACCUCAAGCACAAUGGACUAUGUCCUUUACUUCAAGAAGCAUUUUGAGGUCCUUAGUGGCUGCGAUGGAGGAGUUGGAACUUAAUAUGCAUAAUGCUACUGUCAAAUCUGACCAUGCUCAUAUGUAUCUCUGUAUUUUGCGGGAGCAACAAAUAGAUGAUCUUGUGCCAUACCCCAAGAGAGUUGAUAUUGAGGCUGGCCAGGAAGAAGUUGCAAUUGGCCGAAUCUUGGAAGAACUGGCUAGGGAAAUACAUGCAUCCGUUGGUGUGAAAAUGCAUAGGUUAAAUGUUUGUGAAUGGGAAGUGAAGCUCUGGAUGACAUCAUGUGGACAGGCAAAUGGUGCUUGGCGAGUUGUUAUCACUAAUGUAACUGGUCACACCUGUGCUGUACAUACAUACCGGGAACUAGAGGAUGCCAGCAAACAUGGAGUGGUGUACCAUUCAGUCUCUGUACAGGGUCCUCUGCAUGGUGUAUUGGUAAAUGCAGUUUAUCAGUCCUUGGGAGUUCUUGAUCGAAAACGUCUUUUGGCAAGGAGAAGCAACACCACAUACUGCUACGAUUUUCCACUGGCAUUUGAGACAGCCUUGGAACAAAUAUGGGCAUCCCAGUUUACUGGAACUGGAAAACUGAAGUGUAAUGUUCUUGUCAAAGCCACAGAGCUUGUAUUUUCUGAUCAGAAAGGCAGCUGGGGUACUCCUCUUGUUCCUGUGGAUCGCCCAGCUGGGCUCAAUGACAUUGGCAUGAUAGCAUGGACCAUGGAAUUGUCUACCCCUGAGUUUCCUUCUGGAAGGACAAUUUUGAUAGUAGCAAAUGAUGUCACCUUCAAAGCUGGGUCUUUUGGCCCAAGAGAGGAUGCAUUCUUCUAUGCUGUAACUGAUCUUGCUUGCACAAAAAAGCUUCCAUUAAUUUAUUUGGCAGCAAAUUCUGGUGCCCGAAUUGGGGUUGCCGAGGAAGUGAAAUCCUGUUUUAAAGUUGGUUGGUCAGAUGAAACAUCCCCUGAGCGGGGUUUUCAAUAUGUAUAUUUGAGUCCUGAAGAUUACACUCACAUUGCAUCAUCUGUCAUAGCACAUGAGUUGAAGCUAUCUAAUGGAGAAACCAGAUGGGUGAUAGAUGCCAUUGUUGGAAAGGAGGAUGGCUUGGGGGUAGAGAACUUAUCUGGAAGUGGGGCCAUUGCUAGUGCAUAUUCUAGGGCAUACAAAGAAACUUUUACCUUAACAUAUGUCACAGGUAGAACAGUGGGAAUUGGAGCUUACCUAGCUCGGCUUGGGAUGCGAUGCAUACAAAGGGUUGAUCAGCCCAUUAUUUUGACUGGUUUCUCUGCAUUGAACAAACUUCUUGGUCGUGAGGUGUACAGCUCUCACAUGCAACUUGGUGGACCCAAAGUUAUGGCAACCAAUGGAGUAGUUCAUCUUACUGUCUCAGAUGAUCUAGAAGGUGUAUCUGCUAUCUUGAACUGGCUAAGUUGUAUCCCUCCUUGUAUUGGUGGCACACUUCCAAUUUUAGGUCCUUCGGAUCCUACUGAAAGGCCUGUGGAGUAUUUCCCAGAAAACUCAUGUGAUCCACGUGCUGCUAUUUCUGGUUCUUUGGAUGGUAAUGGGAAGUGGCUUGGGGGCAUUUUUGACAAGAAUAGUUUUGUUGAGACACUGGAAGGCUGGGCAAGGACAGUUGUGACAGGAAGGGCAAAGCUCGGAGGAAUCCCUGUUGGAGUAAUAGCUGUUGAAACUCAAACUGUGAUGCAGGUGAUUCCUGCUGACCCAGGACAGCUCGAUUCUCAUGAGAGGGUUGUUCCUCAGGCUGGCCAAGUAUGGUUUCCAGAUUCUGCAACCAAAACAGCUCAAGCUAUAUUGGAUUUCAACAGAGAAGAACUUCCACUUUUCAUUCUUGCUAAUUGGAGGGGCUUUUCAGGUGGACAAAGGGAUCUUUUUGAAGGUAUCCUCCAGGCAGGUUCAACAAUAGUUGAGAAUCUUAGGACAUACAACCAACCUGUUUUUGUAUACAUCCCCAUGAUGGGUGAACUUCGUGGUGGGGCAUGGGUUGUGGUGGACAGUCAGAUCAAUUCUGACCAUAUAGAAAUGUAUGCUGAUAGGACAGCCAAAGGUAAUGUCCUUGAGCCAGAAGGCAUAAUUGAGAUCAAAUUUAGAACAAAAGAGCUGCUUGAGUCCAUGGGUAGGCUUGAUAAACAGUUGAUCACAUUGAAGGCAAAACUUCAAGAAGCUAGGAACUGGAACUUUGGGAUGGUUGAAGACUUACAACAGCAGAUAAAAUCUCGUGAAAAGCAACUUUUGCCCAUAUACACUCAAAUAGCCACCAGAUUUGCGGAGCUUCAUGAUUCUUCCCUAAGGAUGGCUGCAAAGGGGGUGAUCAGAGAAAUUGUAGACUGGGAUAAAUCCCGUGCUUACUUCUAUAAAAGGCUACGUAGGAGAAUCGCUGAGGGUUCACUGAUCAAGACUGUGAAAGAUGCAGCUGGUGACCAGUUGUCCCAUAAAUCUGCAAUGGACUUGAUCAAAAACUGGUUUUUAGAUUCUGAUAUUGCAAGAGGCAAAGAAGAUGCUUGGGGGAAUGAUGAAGCUUUCUUUGCAUGGAAGGAUGAUCAAGGGAAAUAUGAAGAAAAACUACAAGAGCUACGGGUUCAGAAAGUGUUGGUACAACUGACAAACAUUGGUGACUCCAUGUCAGAUUUGAAAGCACUACCUCAAGGUCUUGCUGCUCUUCUAAGAAAGGUGGAGCCAUCGAGCCGAGGGCAAAUAAUUGAAGAGCUUCGAAAGGUCAUCAGUUGAUUUGGUAUGUCCUUUACGAGCGAAUAUUCAUGCUCAUACUUAGGUAACAGAUAUUUUCAAGUGAGAAAAAGAAAUGUAUUUACAAUGCUAUUUGCCAACCCUAUAUGCAAUUGUAAUUUAUCAGCCAAGAGGAAAACCUCACUGUAAAUUGGAGAAGGUUCUCCACCGAUCAGUUUUAAUGCUUCAGUGUAAAUUUAGCUUUAAUCUUGGGAUAAACUAGGAGUAGAUUGAUAUUGUUAAGAGUGGAAACUGGCCAGCAUUGGCAGCCUAUGCCAUCCAUGGCUGUUCCUUGGCUUGUUUAGUUAUUAUUUUUGAAAUAA